CUUUCUCUCUAUUUCUCAUGUAAACUUCAUUCCACUUUUCCUCUCCUCUCUACAAAGCAAUAUGAAUAAUCUCAGAGCUUACGGCUCCUCCCGUUUCUCCCACUUUCCAACAAGCUUUUCUCUUCGGCAAAAAGUUUCCUGGUGGGAUCAAAUCCUUGACCCCAGAAGCAACUUUGUCAACAAAUGGAACCACAUUUUCCUUGUCACUUGCAUGAUCGCCCUCUUUCUAGACCCUCUCUAUUUCUACCUCCCAAUUAUAAACGGGGACACUUGCAUGGGGAUUGACUAUGGCCUUGGCAUUUGGGUCACCUUAGCUCGCACCGUCACUGACAUAUUCUUUUUCAUGCACGUUAUCAUCAAGUUUAGGACAGCCUUCGUCGCCCCUAGCUCCCGCGUUUUCGGAAGAGGUGAUCUUGUUAUGGACCCUAGAGCCAUUGCUAUACGAUACUUGAAAACUGAGUUUAUUGUUGAUCUUGCCGCUGCUCUCCCUCUUCCUCAGAUUAUGAUUUGGUCCACAAUUUCAAAAGUGAAUAAAGUCCGAUCAACCAACCAUGCAAAUCAUACAGUUUCUUUGGCGGUUCUCCUUCAAUACAUACCUCGAAUUUAUGUUAUGUUUCCUUUGAAUCGCCGGAUUGUUAAAAGCACUGGUGUGAUAGCCAAGACUGCUUGGUCUGGGGCAGCCUACAAUCUCCUCCUCUACAUUCUUGCUAGCCAUGUUUUGGGAGCAUCAUGGUAUGUGGCUUCCAUACAAAGGCAGAGAGAGUGCUGGGAAAGACAAUGCGAUCGAGAGAGAAACCACACACAUUCUCCUUCUUGUAGCCGUACUUUUUUGGAUUGUGCUACCAGGAAUACUCCUGCACGCAAUGCUUGGCUUAAAAGCACUCAGCUGCUCACUAAAUGUGAUGCCAAAAAUGAUGAAAAUUUUCAGUUUGGAAUGUUUGCUGAUGCCUUUACCAAUCAUGUCGCUGAAGCAAUUUUCAUUGAUAAAUAUUUCUAUUGCCUUUGGUGGGGUUUAAGAAAUCUGAGUUCAUAUGGGCAAAAUUUGAUGGCAAGUGCUUAUGAAGGUGAACUAUUGUUCAGCAUUGGCAUAUGCAUUAUGGGUCUUGUUUUCUUUGCACAUCUCAUAGGCAACAUGCAGACCUAUAUGCAAUCCACAACAGCUAGACUAGAAGAGUGGAGGAUUCGAAGAAAAGAUACAGAGGAAUGGAUGAGUCACCGACAAUUACCUCCAGAAUUGCAAGAACGUGUUCGACGUUUUGUCCAAUACAAAUGGCGAGCGACAAGAGGCGUCGAUGAAGAAUCCAUCUUGAAGUCUCUACCUUUGGACCUGCGACGUCAAAUUCAAAGGCAUCUCUGUCUGGCUCUUGUUCGACGUGUUCCUUUUUUUUCACAAAUGGAUGAUCAAUUACUAGAUGCAAUAUGUGAACGUCUAGUGUCAUCUCUGAACACCAAAGAUACAUACAUUGUGAGGGAAGGAGAUCCAGUGAAUGAGAUGCUUUUCAUCAUUAGAGGACAACUAGAGAGCUCCACUACUAACGGUGGAAGGACAGGUUUUUUCAACUCAAUCAUACUAAGGGCUGGUGACUUCUGUGGAGAAGAAUUGUUGACAUGGGCGUUGCUGCCAACCUCUUGCCUAAACUUGCCUUCAUCCACUAGAACAGUCAAGGCACUAAAUGAAGUCGAGGCCUUUGCUCUUAGAGCAGAAGACCUCAAAUUUGUUGCUAAACAAUUUAAACACUUGCAUAGCAAGAAGUUGCAGCAUGCUUUUAGGUAUUACUCUCAUCAGUGGAGGACUUGGGGAGCUUGCUAUAUACAAGCUGCAUGGAGGAGGUGUAGAAGAAGGAAAUUGCAGAUGGAAUUGGCAAGGCAAGAGAGUUUAUAUUAUGCUCAAGUUUUGGAAGGUGAAGGUGAUUAUAGUAGUGAGGGAUCAUCAUUAGAAAAUGCAAACAAUGUACAACAUUUUGGGGCUACAAUUCUUGCAUCAAAAUUUGCCGCAAAUACAAGGAGGGGAAUGAUUAAUAGAGCAGUCCUUGAUGAUGAUUCUACCUUAAAAAUGCCUAAGCUGUUUAAACCACAAGACCCUGAUUUUUAUACAGAACAUGAAUAGUUGAAUUUUGCACAGGCUACAACUCCCCCCUACACAACGCGCCCCCGCCCACGCCGCCCAGCACCCCCCCCCUCGCCCCACCAAAAAAAAAGGGCAUGAAAAAACAAAAAUACAUAGUCCAUAUGUGAAUAUUGUAUACUUAAAACCAUGAAAUCAAAGAAUAAUCUUGUAUACAUUGGUUUCCAUUUGUUUUUUUUUUUAAUUUUUUUUAUUUCUUCAUUAUUAGAUCACUUAGAAACUCAGU